CACGCAUAACGCACCACAUGGGUCCGGGACGGGACGCCUCAUCUGCUCCUUAAUAUUUCACACGUGUACAUCUGUCGUGACCUCUUCUGGUGGGGUACGGUCCAAUUAACAAUCAAACGCCCUCUCCCUCUCUCUCCCCGUGUCAUUUCUGUUCUGAAAAAUGCUAAUUUCCGCGCCAAAAAUCGCCGGAGUUCUAGCGACGGUCACCGUCGCCCCCAACGCCUUCUCUUUCGAGGUUUAACGGAAAGAAGAAUCUCGAGCGGUUCAAGUCGCCUAUCGACGAGUCAGCUGAGAUUCUGGCGCCUUUCAAUCUAAACGGCAAUGCUGCUUCAUCCUGACAAGAAUAUGGGCAAUGAGAAGGCUGCAGAAGCUUUUAAGAAACUUCAAAAUGCGUACGAGGUGUUACUUGAUUCAUUGAACCGAAAAGCAUAUGAUGAUGAAUUAAGAAGGGAAGAAUUGUUGAAAUAUUUUCCUAGGUUUCGAAGUACUUCACAAAAGAAUGCAGAGCGUGGUUUCUUUGCCUCUUGGUUUGCACAUUUAGAGGCUGAAGGUGAUGACCCUUCUGGAGAAUCAAGGCGAAUAGCUUGCAAAAGGUGUGGCAACUUUCAUCUCUGGGAACCUACCAAGAAAUCAAAAUCCCAAGCAAGAUGGUGCCAGGACUGCAAAGAUUUUCAUCAAGCAAAAGAUGGAGAUGAAUGGGUUGAGCAAUCUUCACAACCCUUCGCUUUUGGAUUAUUGCAGAAGGUUGAUGCUCCCACUGCAUAUGUUUGCGCAGAUAGCAAGAUGUAUGAUGCCACUGACUGGUAUAUUUGUCAGGGAAUGAGAUGUCCAGCCAACAGUCACAAGCCCAGUUUUCAUGUAAACACCAGUAUAACCUCCAAACACAAUACCAGCAAGGGAUCCAGCUCAGGACAAAGAAGCGGGUGGAUGCCAUCACCUAAAAUGGAGGAAACCAUGACAGAACAAGAAUUAUUUGAAUGGUUACAGAAGGCAGUGCAAGCAGGCGAGUUUGACAACUACAGUUCUGGCAUCUCUAAUGACAACCCAUCAGCCAAGGCCGGAAAUGGUCCAAAGAGUGGCGGAGGUGGCAGUAGCAGUGGCAACAAAAGGAAGAAAAGGGGAAGAAGCAAUGAUGAAAGUUAUAUAUUCUUUCAUCCUCAUCCCCCUCAAGUCUUGUAAGCAUUUUGUAAUCCUAUAGGGCUUAUAGGCUUCAACUUGAAGAGAGGUUGUGAUCUUUCCUAAUUUGAAUAAAGGCCAGAGGGAAAAGGGUUGAAGUUCGUUGAGUUGUGUGCUAGCAUGGGUAAAAAUGGUUUUAAGCCUGCAUCACAAUUCGUAUAUUGCUGCGAUGUUUUGGCAAUCAGAUGCGGGGAAUCCACAUCAACCAAAUAGAAUGCCAGCAAGAAUGGCAGUGACACUCAACGCCUCUGUGUAGCCUCUUUCAGAUCACCGUGCAGCUGGCUGCUUAUCUUACUGAUGUUAAAAGGCUUGAUGAGCUUCUGCAAUUGUGAAAAAGGUUUAGGAUCUGUAUCAUCGGGAAAACAUGUGAGUUUAUAGAAAGAAGGGAUCAGAACUCAAAGACUUCAUGUCUUCAUCCCUCACUUUUCAUUCUUAAAAAGAGAAUCACUCAGGCCCAUCCCAUGUACGUACUCAAGAUUAGAAGAUGAAUCAAGGGAUAAAUAAAGAAAACCAGAAAAAACGAAAAUGUUUAAAUUGAAA